AUGUUCGGCUCGGACGAGCAGCCCGGCGUCGUGUACCGCGCGCUCACGGACGUCCUAGAGGGAGGCGGCGACGGCGACGGCGAGAGCCUCGUGAGGGUCUCCGUGCUCGAGAUCUACAAUGAGCAGGUCUACGAUCUGCUCGCCGGCAGCGGAGGAGCCAAUCCCAAGGUAAGGCUAGAACUGAUGGGAACAAGAGCCAAGAAUGCAACAUAUAUAUCUGGAAAUGAAGCAGGGAAGCUAUCAAGAGAAGUCGCCGAAGUGGAGAAGCGGCGCGCUGUGAAGGGCACGAGCUGUAACGCGAGGAGUUCGUGGAGCCACUGCAUGAUAGUCUUGGAUGUGCCGUCGGUGGGAGGAAGGCUCAUGCUUGUGGACAUGGCAGGCUCUGAGAACAUAGAAGCUGCAGGCCAAACUGGACAUGAAGCCAAAUCUGAGACGGGAAGAAUUAAUCAAGGGAACACGACGCUGAAGCGGGUGGUUGAGUCGAUUGCCAACGGUGACUCACAUGUCCCAUUCCGGGACAGCAAGCUCACAAUGCUACUACGGGACUCAUUCGAUGACGAGGGAUCCAAAAUCCUCAUGAUCCUGUGUGCAAGCCCUGACCCAAAGGACCUCCACAAGACGAUCUCCACCCUGGAGUAUGGAGCCCGAGCGAAAUGCACCCGUGCAGCAGCUCACGCCUCGACACCGUCGGGCAAGAUGAGCUCCAAAGACGCCGGGUACGAGAUGCGGUUGAAGGACGAGGAGAUUGCACGUCUGAGGAUGAAGGUCAGGUUGAUGGAAGCAGCCGCGAAGGAGGAAGAGAUCCGCGUGAAGGCCGUAGAUGAGGAGACCUGGGUACUGAGAAGUGAGAUGAGGAUGAUGGAAGAGAAUAUGCUUAUGCAGCACCAGGAGCUCCUUGCUGUGAAGCAGCGGCUGCAGCAGGUGGAGCGCGAGAAGCUCGACGUGGAGGAUGAGUCGCACCUGGCCUGGAGGGUCAUGAUGAAACUUGCAGUCUACUUGCAAAACCUGGGCAGCCCACUUGAGUGA